UAUGUAUGGCUUUGUGAAUGAAGAUUCAAAUAUUAGUUUUUACAUUGAUAUAGUUACACACGUGAAUGCAAUACAAUUUGUUUUCUUCGUAAACACUUCAAAGUCGAAGAAGAUGCCGAAAAAUAAAGGAGGAGGUGGCGGUGGGUCCAAAGGAGCUAAAGGCGGGGGUGGUGACGACUCGUCAAAGAAACAAGCCAAGGGGGGAAACUCUGUAAAGGUCCGUCAUAUUUUGUGUGAGAAGCAGUCAAAGUGUUUGGAGGCCCUUGAGAAAAUUAAAAGUGGUAUGAAAUUUAAUGAGGUGGCAGCUCAAUACAGCGAGGAUAAAGCAAGAUCAGGGGGAGACCUGGGCUGGAUGACGCGUGGGAGUAUGGUCGGACCAUUCCAGGAGGCAGCUUUUGCGCUACCAACUAGUUCUCUAGCCAACCCAGUCUACACAGAUCCUCCAGUCAAAACCAAAUUUGGUUAUCACAUCAUUAUGGUGGAAGGGAAAAAGUGAAAAGAAAGGGAAAUCGAAUCAAAGACUUGAUGUGAAUAAAGCAAUAUUGGAUUAGGGAAAAGAAAGUGACAUUGAAAUUAAUGCCUUUGUACUUGUAUACUGUCUUUUUAAAAAUGUUGUAUGAAAAUCGACCUGUUUUGUUUUGUAACACUAAGGAGACUUUCUUGUGAAUACUUGGUUUUAGAAUACUAUAUACUAAAGUUGUAUACUAAACACUUGUUGAUUUAA